UUGUUUUGAUUUUCGUAAAUUUGGUUCUAGAACGCGUUUUACUAGGCUGGUAAGGUUUUGAAUAUUCAGUAUUUUCAUUCUUCAGAAAGGGGAAUAAAUUAUUCGCAAGUUUAAUUGAGAUUUCGGUACACUUUUGUCUUGAAGAAAGAGGAAAAAAUAUUUCCAGUGAAACUCGUGAUAUGUGCCGGUAUUUGCCGUUGUAAGGUAAGCAUACGCACUUGUUCAGAAUGAACAAGUCUCGCCGGGAAUUUUCAUCACGAAGCAAAAGCUUUAAUAGUAACGCUAACAAAAAGACACAAAAGCAUGCCAAGAGUUGGGAUAACAAAAAGGCACAGCCAUUUCCGGCUAGUAGCAUGUCUCCUGGAUUAGGUAAAAAGAAAAAUGCCUAUAAAGAUGAGCAUAUUUCUAACGGAUUUGAAAGACAGAACAAGUCAAAAAUCGUCACUAUCCCAGCACCAAAGCCCGUACCGAAAAAGGUUUCAUCGGUGAUUGUUGAGAAUGGAAAAGCUUCCGUAAAGGCAACUUCAAAUGAGAAAUUCAAAGCGAAAAAUGAAAAUUCGUCAAAUAGUUACGCGAAAGUCAAUUCAAACCACAGUAAAAACUCUAAUUCGGAAAAGGCAACUGCUAAAAGGAAGAAUGAGCGAGACGUGGUUGGUGUAAAGAAACGAAAGUUGCCUAAAUCGGAGUCUGACAGCGAUGCAGAGGACUACAUCGACAAAUUCUUUCAGGAUGUUGUGAUGGGCGCUGAGGAUGUACAAGACGAAAGUAGUUCUAGUGAGGAAGAUCUAACUAGCGAGUCUGACUCGAAUAGUUCGAAAGAUAGCGAGGAAGAUGAUGGACUGCCUUUCGAAAAAUUGUUGGAGUAUUAUGGCAGUUAUCAGGAUAAGAAACAAAGGGAUAUUAGCAAGCGUAUACCGCAGAAAGUUGGCAAGGUGAAGUCUCACGCAGCGAAGGGUUGUUCAAAAUCUUCAUCUCACAAUGGAUGGAUCGAGGAAGAUAAUGAUGUUGGAUUAAUUUACCACGAUUCAGACGAUGAUCGAGAUGAUACCUGCAAGGCGUUGGUUCCUGUUGAUGAUUCGUUGGAAACAUCGGAGGAUGACGUUGACUUUCUUCCAGAUGAGUUCGGUGAAGAAGAAGGAGAUGACAUCUCCGAUGAAGAAGACGUGCUUUCUGAACUGGAAGAUGAUUCGUUAGAUGAAGAGUUCUCCAGCGGUGAAGAUAGUUCCUCAAUGGGUGAUGAUUAUUUUGUUAGCGAUUCCGAGGAUUAUGACUCUGAGGAAGACGAAGAAUUAAGCAUCCUAGAUGAGGAAGAGGAUGAAUCAUACUGGGAUGAUUCGUACGAUAGCGAGGAUGAUGAAGAUUACGAACCGUCGGAAGAGGAUGAUGAUCUGUUUAUCGGGCGAGGGAGUGCACGAAUCUAUGAGAUUGAUGACAAUAAUGUGUCUUUCAAUAGUGAUAUCGAUUCGGCUCAGAUUGUGGAAAUACCCAGUGAUGAUGGGCGUAAAUAUUCGGUGCCUACAAGUGCAUCUGAAAGCCAAUCGGACGAUGACGAAAUUGAACUUUGCCCGGAGCUUGUGCCAAUUUAUGAUACUCACGGAAGACUGAUAGACAAUGCUGGUAUGCUGGAACGAAAACAUAAGAAACGAGAAAAAUCACCCAAAGCAUCAAAUGAGUGUAAGCCGGUUGCCGUUCGAUCGCCCCAGGCAUCGAAACAGCUAGAGCAAAUGGAGUGUGACGACGCUAGUCAAUCGUCACAUAAGGAGUACUGUUCGCAGAGUUCAUCUCCAAGAAUUGGGGAUACUGCUUCAACGGAAUCGUGUCCAAUAGGUGAUGAAUUUACAGUCCCGACCAACUAUCGCUUUUAUGAUUCAAUCGACAUGCGCAUGUCGCUGGCGUUGCUCAAGGAUACAAUCUUCUUCAGUGGUAGCCUUACGGUGCAGCCUUUAAUCGGUGGUCUUGAAGUUAUGGGCUAUUACUUGAAACAAGGAGAAAUUAGAAGUGCAUUUGCAGCUCGCGGAUUUCAUAGCUUAAAUUUGAGUCCUCAUCCUGCUGGGAUGGACUUUUCGAAACAGAGUAUGGCAGAAGUUCUUCAGCGGCUGGAAAAACACUUUCUGGAUGCUGAUUUAAAAGAUGCCGCCAAAAACUUUAAUCCUGCGGAAUCAGUGUUGGUUCUUUUACAGUCAGACUGCAACAACCAGCGCAUUGAAGUCGUUGGGAAAUAUUUACCCGAGGAGGUUAUAUUUCCAAAGGUAGAAUUAUUGAAAAAGAGUCAAUUUUUCACAACCGAGUAUCUACUAAACGCAGAAUUUUAUUCGGAACACGUGGAUAAAAGUACAGCUUUAUUCAAGAGUGAUCCCCAAUGGGACAACAUUGUGGUCAGGCAAAACAGCAAAAUCGUAGUUAUGGGUGGAAAAGGAGCUGGGAAAUCCACUUUAUGUCAGUAUCUGAUCAACAAAAGUGUCGCCACGUUCAAAAAAGUUGUCCUGAUCGAUUUGGACAUUGGUCAGCCAAUUCAGCACGUUCCUGAAACAAUUAGUGUUACUAUUGUGAACCGACCAUUGCUGGGACUAACCACAUUUGACCCAAUUACCCCCGCGAAAUGUUGGCUCUUCGGAAGUUUGGAUGUCGUCUCUUCACCAAUAUUCUAUAUUCAAAACGUUCGACGCCUGGUUCAGUACUGCCACCAACACAAAACCGAACUGGCUAACAUUCCGUGGAUCGUAAACACAAUGGGUUACGUUACCGGUUUUGGCGAAGAACUGAUGGCCGCCAUCCUGCGAAUGCUAUCCCCUACGGAUGUAGUGCAGCUCGUUUGCACCAACAAAUCACUACCGAUACCAAAUUUUCAAAACACACUCAGCAGCGAUUUUCUGAACCAAUACAACUUCAACAUCUUACAGAGUGAAGUACAGGAAUUUUGCCAACGCAAGUUAAACUUUCGUCAUCAUGAAGUGAAUGUUUGCUACUCUAGAAAAGGCUUCACCUUGAAUGCACCAAAACGGCGCAGUGUAAUGCUGUUGUCUCAUUUAGCAAACAUUCUGAAUGAUUCUUCCAGUGAAUGGUUCAACGAGGUGAAACCUUUCUGUGCACCCCUCGGUAAACUGCAGAUCCUUAUAACUCGGGAGGAUCAGACCGUAACCGAGGAACAGCUACCGUCAGUGCUGAAUGCCACCUUAGUUUAUCUCUGUCGAAAGACAGAUGUAAAUCUAUACGAGUGUUUAGGAAUAGGAAUCGUUCGUGGUGUGGACAAGAACAAUAACGUUUAUCUGCUACAAUCGCUUCCUCCAGAGGAGCUAGCCGAGGUAACGGUGCUGGCCAUCUGCAGUAGCAGCCUACCGAAUGCAAUCUUCCUGCGGCAGAGUGCACGAGUUCAGGGCAGUAUUCCCUAUGUGUACAAUGUACGUUGAUUGUGGUCCUGAUCUAGCGUUAACGAAGAAGAUUGUCUGUUGUGUACUUUUGUAUGUUUAUUUUUCUAUUUGUAUGUAUUUAUUAGAAGAAGCAUUUAGUAAGGUAAAUUUUCUGUUUUUUUUGAUGAAUGACUGCGGAAGCGUAUCUGAAUGAUUAUUAAAUCAAUAUUAUUAUAAA